AUGACUACUGUUGAAAAGAUUAAGGCUAUUGAAGAUGAGAUGGCCAAAACCCAGAAAAACAAAGCUACGUCAUUUCAUCUCGGACAGCUCAAAGCAAAAUUAGCCAAGCUAAGAAGGGAGUUACUAUCUGAUAGUACUUCUGGUGGUGGCGGUGGUGGCCAGGGUUUCGAUGUUGCACGUACGGGUGUGGCAACAGUGGGGUUUGUUGGCUUUCCCUCAGUAGGAAAAUCGACACUUUUGUCGAAACUCACAGGGACACACUCAGAAGCAGCUGCCUAUGAGUUUACCACACUUACAACGGUUCCUGGUGUUAUUAAGUAUAAAGGAGCAAAAAUUCAGAUGCUUGAUUUGCCUGGAAUCAUUGAGGGAGCCAAAGAUGGUAAAGGGCGAGGCAAACAGGUCAUCGCAGUGGCUCGGUCUGUCAAUCUACUCUUUCUUGUUCUUGAUGUAAACAAGCCUUUACAUCACAAGCAAAUCAUCGAAAAAGAAUUGGAGGGCGUUGGUAUUAGAAUCAACAAAGAACCUCCCAAUAUCGUCAUCAACAAAAAAGAAAAAGGCGGUAUCAACAUCACCACAACCGCUCCUUUGACUCAUCUCGACAAUGAUGAAAUCAAAGCUGUUAUGGCUGAAUAUAAGAUUAAUUCAGCCAACAUCGCUUUUAGAUGUGAUGCAACGGUGGAUGACCUCAUUGAUGCUAUUGAGUCAAAGUCCCGCCGGUAUAUCCCUGCGAUCUACGUCUUAAACAAGAUAGACUCAUUUUCGAUCGAAGAGCUUGAUUUGCUAUACAAAAUUCCAAACGCCGUCCCCAUAUCAUCAGGAAGUGGAUGGAAUUUGGACGACCUUCUUGAGAUGAUGUGGGAUCGCUUAAGGCUUGUGCGUGUUUAUACCAAGCCCAAGGGCAAAUUGCCUGAUUUCAACGAGCCGGUAGUGCUAAGAAGUGAACGCUGUUCUGUCGAAGAUUUCUGUAAUUCAAUCCAUAAAUCUUUGGUGGAAGACUUCAAGAACGCUGUUGUCUAUGGUACAUCUGUCAAACACCAGCCCCAAAUUGUCGGAUUAACGCAUACUUUGCAAGAUGAAGAUGUUAUUACGAUUCUCAAGAGGUAA